AUGGCAACAAUCAACAUCACAGACUCCAAGCUGUCGUUCACCUACGAGCAGGUCUACAAGGUGGACUUUGAUGCUACCACUGUGACUAAAAUUGCGGUGGCAGUUUUGAUGUCUCUGUUUUUUGUUUAUGUAAAUGGAAUCAUGCUUUUUGCUUUAGGAAGUAAGUCUGUGUUCCAUGAAACACCCCGGUACAUUCUGUUUGCCCACAUGCUUUUCAACGAUUCUUUCCUCCUCAUGGUCACAACUAUAAUGUACUCUAUGUCUCUUGCCCUUGCCACUGUAGCCAGAGCCUUCUGCUCACUGUUAGUCUUUAUCUCUUCUUGUACCUUCCAGAAUGCUCCUUUGACCCUGGCUCUGAUGUCACUGGAGCGUUAUGUGGCUAUUUGCUUCCCUCUGAGGCACUGCACUAUCGCCACACAGAAAAGCACAGGCAUUGGUCUAGUAAUCAUUUGGUUUGUCAGCUCCCUGAAUAUUGUUACAGAUAUCAUGUUUGAUUUAGUCACUGAUACGAGCCAUUUACUUAAGAUAACAUUUUGCACGAGAGAGAAACUUUUUGUGGCCAAGUGGCAGGCCGAUAAGACUCAAGGAUUUGAUCUUCUUAUUUUUGUAUCUGUGACAGUGAUCAUCCUUUUCACUUAUGUCAGCAUUAUGAUCACAGCCAGGUCUAUUUCAUCUAAUAAAGAAUCAGCUACAAAAGCUCAUAAGACUGUGCUUCUGCACCUCAUUCAGCUAGGCCUGUGCCUCACCUCUUUUCUAUUUGGCAUCAUAGAAAGAGCACUUUACAUGCUGAGUGGAAGCAAUAGCUCUCUUUUCAUACAUUUACGCUAUCUGAAUUUUCUCAUUGUCUUGAUUCUUCCCCGCUGCCUGAGUCCACUCAUCUAUGGUCUCAGAGAUGAUGCCGUGCGACCCAUAUUCAUAUAUUAUUUUUGUUAUAGCCCACACAAAAUUAAACCUGUAGUCAAUGUGGUUUGA